AUGAGUGGUAGUGAAUUAGCACUGGAGACGCAGCUUUUGCUUCAAGAGGCGACGCACAUUACGCAGCGUAUGGCCGUCGAGUGCGUUUUGGAGAGUGCUAGCGCACAGCCAGUCGAGUCCGAGUUCGAAUCCGCCAAAAGUGCGCUGCUAGAGAAAUUGCGCCGAAAGAAAGAGGCCCAGCGCGCACAACAUCAGCAUUUGCAUCAGCGGCGUCGCGAAGUCUCAGUAGCAAAGUCCACGACUAGUUGUAAAGCACUUAAUCUGCCAGUUGCAGCCGCAACAACUACUGCCUCACGCAAGAAACUGGACUUGUUGUCAAAACUCCGGACACAAGCGAUUCAGCAAGGUGCACAAACAUUGGCUACGAUGUUUGGUUAUGCAACAUAUGAAGAGCAUCAUAAGGCAUUAGAUGAGCGCGACAGGGAGAAAGAAGUUGCAGAAGAUAAGGAAGAGAAGGAAGAAAAAGAAGACCAAAGUGUUGAAAUAGAUCUUGUGGAGACUAUUGAAGAAGAUACACCGAAAGAAGUGUCGGUGGUGUCUGAAAUUACGGAUGCUAUGGAGCUGCACCCAACAGAAGAAGUAAACGAGAGAGCUGAGGUGGAUCAACAAAGCAAUCGAAUCCAGAAACAAGCGGAUGUAGCUGAAGACGAUGGCAACGAAGCCGACAGUGAACAGGAUGAAAAAGAUGAAAUCGACGAGAUGCAAGACCAACGUGCAAUGGAAACGACGACAUGUGGCCAUGAGGCAAACACGAGAGACAAAGCUGCUGGGUAUCGCAAGUUAUUGCGUGCUGAGGCUAUGCAAAACAUGCGAGACAAACGUCGAGACAAUUUUGUGGAAUCGGAAGCUGAGGAAGAGGAUGAAAAAGAUGUUUUGAAUAUCGGUGGUCUUGGCGACUUUGGAUUUGGAGUGCCUCAAGCCAAGACACAAGAGUCGAAAGAAGCGGAAGAAGAACGUAAUGCAUUAAAAUUACGAAAAGAUGAUUUAGAUCACAUUGUGGAUGAGCUUUCGGACGACGAACGCGCAGAAGAGCGAGAUCUGGAUGAAAUCUUUCGUCGAGAACAGGAAGAUGAAGAUCGGCAACAGGUGAAAGAAGUGAUGCGCAAUGUCAAAGAAGGAUUUGGUCGCAAUCGCCGUGCAUUUUCGAGUUUGCAUGCGACUUCAGAAGCUCGUGGUCGUUUUAACUUGGAUGAAUUAGUAGCUGCUGAUGGAAACAAAUUUGAAGCUGCUCGCUUGGGAUUGUUGGAAUCUGAUGAGGAAGUCAGUGAUUUAGAGAAUGGCAAAAAAAAGACGAGUAAAGAUGACGAUGAAAAGUAUGAAGAAGAAGAUGAAGAGGCGGAAAUGGAACGGAUGCUACGGGAACGAUUUCAAAACCAGCCGAAAAUUUACGUAACGUCCUCUGAAUCAGGGAGUGAUGAUGAGAAUGAAGACGAUAGCAAGACAAAUGACAGUAAUGAUGACGAUUUCGAUUCAGACGGAGAACGAGAGCGUCUGCAAAUCAAACUUUUUUCGGAGCGUGCUCGUAUCAAUCGUCGAAUGCAACGAAUGAAAGAUCUAAAACGUCAAAUUGCACUCGAAAACGAGAAGGAUGAUCCAAAUGUUAAUUCCGAUCAGGCAAUGCCCAAUUUUCUAUUGGAAGAUGACAAAGACUCGCAAGAAGUUAUGCUCAUGAUGAACCGCACAGACGUCAAUGUUUUUGGUCACAAACAGCCUUCGAUAUCAACGGUUGGCCGGCUCCACUCGUUUGGCACCCUCACGUCAGCAUCGCAGAGCUCUUCGUCUUUUAGUCGCGUUAUUGGACAUUGCAAACUGUUUAGCACGGAUUCGACUGGCGGUAGUACUUCGUCAUCCAAGGGGUUCGUCUUCACUUCGUUUAGCAAUGACAAAUCUUUGGAUACCAGAGACGAAAAUGCUGCACCAAAUCAUGAAACGACGCCCCGUGUGGAUGGUCGCAUCAGCGCAGCAACAAAGCGUCGCACUAAACCGACUGCUGCCGGCAAUGCACGCAACAAGAAACACAAGAGUAGCGACCUUUACUCAGUAUUAUCUGCAUAUCAAUGCGUUUCGAGCACUAAUCAUGGGUCAUAA